AUUAAUUAAUUAGUAAUCAGUAUUGUAUUUCUUGCAAAUUUCUGUUGGGUAAUUUGGCCUUAAGCGCUCAUUUCACCCUCACCUUAGCCUUUUUGCCCAUUUGGCGGCAUUGCAACAUUGCAUUACCAAUUUGACAGUUGACAUUUUAUCAAAAAUUGUGCAACUUAUUUGAUCCGCUUCAAAAUUAUCUGAUUUGGGGAAAAUUAAAGACAGUUUCAAUUAGUUGGGUGUUGUGGGGGUUGUUCGGCCCACCCCUACUAUGAGGAGUGGGGCGUGAGUGUCACAAACGAUUUUCGAUGAAUGUAGGUUAGUGUCAGUAGUGUCGUGGACUUGGUGUCCCCGUUUGAAGAUGGAUGAGUUCAGGAAUGAGAUUAUCUCCAGGAUACGCUCCUGUCUUAUCUCUACCAAGGGGCAGGUCACACUCCGGCAGUUGGAAGAUGACUACCGCACCCUUCUCGGCGAGCGAAUUCCCUACGCUAAACUCGGCUACAAAUCCCUUGAAAGUUUCAUAACAUCAAUUCCCACCAUUAUAACAUCACGAAGUCCUUCAGGUGAAAUUUUCGUCGAUGCACAAGUAUCGGAAAAAACCGCUCACAUUUCGAGUAUGGUACGUAAACAAAAAUCUGUACCGAAAAAACAUGUCAGAAUUGCACCGAAAUUCAAUCGAGCAAUGGCACAACCGCCUCCGAAUGCCACCAAAUGGCGACCGAAACAAAAACCAAUGAUGAGAAAAAAUUAUAAUACGCCGAAAUUGGCGGCGGUUUCGCAUAAUCAAUUUGUGAGUGGAUCGGGGUAUAGGAAGCCCCAAGUGCCGUCGAAGGUUGUGGUAGUUGAGAGGAAGGAAGAGGUAAAGAAGGACAAUGUGGUGGAGGUGAAGAGGAAUAGUUUGGAGAAGGAGGAGGAAGCUUCACCGUUUUCGAGUACCAUGAAGAGGAUUACCAAGAUUAUGAAGGAGAUUACGACGGAGACAGAUAGCGGGACGAGCAGUCCUACGACAGACUAUGCGGCGGGAUAUAAGUUAUCGCCUGAUUUCAUCAAAACUGGCGACCCUAUCAGCGACCUUCGAAAUUUCGUCACUUACCACAAAUUAGGCGACGUCGAAGUGACAUUUACUGAAACAAAAAUGAAAAAAUCGAAAAUGCCACAAUGGCAUUGUAAACUUACGGUUGGCCCACAUAUAUAUUCAAGUUAUCCGGAAGAUUUCUACGAUCAAAAUGCCGCCGAACGUCACGCUUCACAAAAAGCUCUUGAUUAUCUGAUGCAGAAAUAUGGUCAAAGAAGGUCAUUGUUGCUUUCGAGUAAUGAUGAUAUUAUUGAACGAAUUCCUCCAAUGUUGGAGAAACAUAAUAAUGCAGUGUGGAUGUGGCAAAUUGAAGCUGAUUAUAGAGACCGAUUUAAUGAACAAUUGCCACCAGAUUGGCUUCAAAUUAUCGAUAAUAGUCCUUUUGUUUCGAUUGAAAAAUAUCACGGGAGAUUUGUUCUCCAACAUUGCAAUCCUGAUAAUGUUUUGCAGAAAGGUAAAAAACUCGAUAUAAGUCUCAACAUUGCUGAUGUUUCCGUCCCUUGCAACACUGUCAAUUUCGGUGACAGUAAUCGUUUAUACGCUGUUGUGACAGUUGCACAUUCCGUUAACGAAAUCUGGUGUCAACAUUGCGGAACACCUGAAUACGAAAAGUUUGUUGAAAUGACUGAAACUAUGGAGACUUUUUACAACAAUUACAAAACAGAACUGAAAGCAAAUGUUGUUAAUUCGGGUAGUUGUUAUGUUAUACAACACGAGGGGUCAUGGAUAAGAGUGAGGGCGUUAAAAAUCCCAGAACAUGGAAUCGUCGACUGUUUUCUCAUCGAUUACGGUGAAGAAGUACACGUCUCGAUCGAUAACGUUUAUUUAUUGAAACGACAAUUUGCGACGGAACAAGCGCAAGCUUUUGUAUGUCGAUUGGAUGGUUUAGAGGAUUUGUAUGAAGCGUCACUUGAUUCCGAACAUUUGACAGCUUUAGUCGGGAAAGAAUUCGUAUUAGAGAUUGUUACUGAUGAUAUAAGUGAUACCGGUGAUGUUACACUUCCGGUGGUUAUAUAUGAUGUCACUUCCGGUGCAUCGAUCAAUGAAGAAUUGAUUUCGUCGUUGACGAUUGAAUCGGCAAUGCCGGUCCUGGAAAAAGAGUCGAUUAGUGAAGUUUACGUGUCGAAUAUUGAACCAAAUGGUGAUGUCUACAUCCAGAUCCGUACUAUCGGUUAUUUUAGUUUGAUGGAAGAUUUAGAAAAUUUAACGAGAAACUUAUCUAAUAUCUCUUCGCUCUCUAAACCAACCAAAGAAAACAGUGUCGGUAAAAUCUACUUAGUUAGGUGCAAAGUGAGUCAAAAAUGGCUCAGAGCAACGAUUGUUGAUUGGUCACCAAAAGGUGAUUUGGCACAAAUUUAUUUUAUUGAUCAAGGAAAUGCACAAGUUGUUAAUGUGAACAAUGAAAAAAUGUAUGAAUUGGAUAAAUUAGAUAACGUUUUGAGUCAAUAUCCAAGUCAAGCAAUUAAAGUCCGAUUUAUGAUUGAGAAAAUACCGAGUGAUUUUGUGAAAAAAGCUGAGAAAUUGCUCCCGAAAGAUCGACCAGUAUUGCUUAAAAUUAUCAGUUAUGAUAAUGAAAACGUUGCUUGGGUGGAGUUUUUCAAACGUACGACAGAUGGCGUACUUGUGUUUAUCAAUAAGUCGAUUUCGGUGGAAGCCGAACUGCAACAAAAUAUUGACGUUAGCAAUAAUAAUGAAAUAAACCGGAAAAGACUGCUCAAUUUGGUACAAUACAAUGACGCCAACAAAAAUGUCCCAUCUGGGGGUUCUCUCCGAAAGCCUGAUUUGCCCAAGAUAGGUGAUUAUUUCAACGUCAAUAUCCCAUUCGCUGUAAAUCCAUGGAAUUUUUUCGUCCAACCAUUGGAUUCUUUUGCUCGUUUAAAGUCAAUGAUGGAUGAAAUGCAAGAGCAUUACAAAGACAUUCAGUUUAGUCCCAUGGCACUUGAAGACAUCGUUCCUGGUAAAAUCUACGCAUCGAAACAUGAUGAUGGUCAAUGGUACAGAACCAAUGUUUUGAAAGUCAUCCAUGCGACCUCAAUCAGUGUAUUUUAUUGCGAUUUUGGUUAUUACACUAACCUGAAAUUGCAUCAGUUGGUACCACUGGAUGCGAAGUACAUGAGUUUGCCCUACCAAGCACUGAAGGCAAAAAUUUCUGGUAUUAAGCCAAUCAAGAACAAGUGGACGAUGGAAGACUGUGAGAGUUUCAAAGAAUUGAUUUUGAAGAAACAAUUUGUUGGUGUUAUAACAAAUAUAGACAGAGACGAGUUUCAUAAAAGUGAUUUAAUUCUUGAAAUGCUACUCAUUGACACCUCCAGUGAAGAGGAUGUUAAUAUUAAGGAAGUACUCAUCCGAAAAGGUAUUGCGACUAGUGUUUAAGCUUCAUUUCGAAUUCCAAAAAUAGUAUAUUUUUGUAUGGUUACGAGUUUGUGUUUGAAUACUAGAGAUAAUUGUUAUUGCCAUAAAUUCGAACUUAUUUGGCCGUUCACCAAAGAAUGUUUUGUUUGUUCUUAUUAUAUUAAAACGCAGCAAUGCACACGUUAAUUGAAAAUCCCUUCAUUUUUUAAUAAAUUAUUAUUUUUUAAAACUUUA